GACAGAUUUCUUUGUUAUAAUUUCCCGCGUAUUUUGGUAAGGAAAGAACCAUAAUUAACACAAAACGACACAUAAUGGCACAAUGCAAUUAUAGUUGAUUUUGUUAAAUUUGGAAUUUACUAAAGUACGAGUAUUCAUCAAUAUCAGAUUAAGAUUACAGUCAAAAAAUUGUUACUAUAAAUAGUUUUAUAAAAAUAUGGAUGAAUCCAAUUUUCCUGAUCUGCUUCGUUUAUAUUACAAUAGAUUGUUUCCAUAUGUAGAUUACUACAGAUGGCUUAGUUAUGGAGAAGGACUUAUCUUUGCUCGCAGGGAAUUUUCAUUUACACUCAGAGAUGACAUUUAUAUUCGGUAUCAAUCAUUCAAACAAAUUGAGGAUUUAAAAAGUGAAAUUAAAAGGCUUUGUCCUUACAAAAUAGAUAUUGGAGCUGUCUACAAUGUUCCACCAUCAAACAGAAGGAGAGAGUUGAAAUUUGAACCAAUCCAAAGAGAACUUGUUUUUGAUAUUGAUAUGACUGAUUAUGACGAGGUCAGGACUUGUUGCAGUGGGGCAGAUGUUUGUAAUAAAUGUUGGAAAUAUAUGGUGGUAGCUGUAAGAAUUUUGGAUGUAGCACUUAGAGAUGACUUUGCUUUUGAGCAUAUAUUAUGGGUUUUUUCUGGAAGAAGAGGUAUUCAUGGUUGGAUAUGUGAUAAACAAGCUCGUUUUUUAAGUGUUAAUGGAAGAAAAGCUAUAGCACAUUAUUUACAGUUAAUUAUGGGAGGAGAAUUCGUUAAGAAAAAAGUAAAACUACCUAAGAAGAUGCAUCAUUCUGUCAAAAGAGCAGUUAGUAUUAUUGAACCAAUUUUUGUCAAUAUGUGUGUUGAAGAACAAGGAAUGCUAGACACAGAAGAAAGGGAAAACAAAUUUUUAGGUAUUAUUCUUGAAGAAGAUAUGAGGAAAGAAGUCAAAGAAAUAUUUGAUCAACAUUUAACAGGUGUUAAAAAAUGGAAUGCUUUUGUGGACUUUUUCAAAAAUCAAAUUCAAUCGGGAUCCAAAAAGUGGCGUAGAACUCCUUUUCUUAUUGAAGAAAUAAUGAUUCAAUAUGCUUAUCCUAGAUUAGAUAUAAAUGUCACUAAAGGAAUGAAUCACUUGUUGAAAUCACCUUUUUGUGUUCAUCCCAAAACUGGCAAAGUUUGUAUACCUAUAAAUCCUAAAGUGGUAGAUCAGUUUGAUGUCAACAAUGUACCAACAAUAAUGACUUUGAUUGAUGAAGUUAAUGCAUUUGAUGCUAAAGAACUUAAUGACCAAGGAGAAUCAAUAGAUAAUGUGAAGAGGAUAAAAGAUUAUAAGAAAACUAGUUUGAACAAACCUUUCCAUGCUUUUCAAGAAUUUUUAAGAGGUUUAGAGAAUUCCCAAAAAGGUGAAAAAAUGAUAAAAAGUGAUAUAAAAAUGGAGUUUUGAUCCCAGUUUUAGAACCAUAAAUAUUUUACUAUUUAUUUAAAUUUUAGUACCUGUUCAUUUAUAAUGAACUCAAAUUUCUUAUCGUUUUUGAAUCAAUAUAAUUGUAUUUCUUAGUCGAAAAAUUAUUUUAUUACAAGAAAUGGCGAUGAUCCCCAAAAGAAUAUAGAAAUUCACAUUGAUAGUAACUUAUUUUAUAAGAAAAGAUUUCAGACUUGAGAUAAGUUAUGCAGUUAUUCUAAUUCUGUGUUAAUACAAACACUGUGUUCCAAACAGUUUGUUAUAACUAUUUCAACUGUAACACAAAUAUCAUUGAACAACCCAUAAUGCCUUUGCUGUUUAUUUGGUAAGGUCCGUUUCGUAUACAUACUGAUUUUUUGUGAUUUGGAUUGAACAUAAAAGUUUUUUAAUAGGGUUUGUUUAACAUGGUGUUUUUCUGUAGAAUAUGAAAAAUAAAAUACUAUUAUCUUAAAAAUAUAAAAUAUCUGACAUUACAACUCUUUACAAAAAAAUUAAUAAACGAUUAAUUGAUGUAAAAUAUUCAACAGGUCAUAAUCAUUUGAUCAUUUUCUAGUAAGGCGCGAGA